AUGUUUCACUCUGUAGGCGAUUCUGGUGGUCCAAUUCUUCGAUGGAUUGGUGAUCGUUGGGAACAAGUUGGCAUUGUUUCAUAUACAAUAAACGGUUGCUCAUCACCUAGUUAUGUAACUGUUUUUACACGAAUUGCUGCUCUCAACGAUUGGAUCGAGUCAACCUUGACUGUUUAUAAUACAUCGACGUCUACCACGAUUAUCUCAACUAUUACAAGUGCAACGACAGAUGCAUUACCUUCAAUUACUUAUCAUUGUGAGAAACAAAAUGUUUCAUGUGGUUGUAGUAUUAUCAAUGUUUCAUUUCUUCUAUCAAGAAUUAUUGGUGGUCAUGAAGCAAAACUAUUUAGUUGGUCAAUGGUCGUUUUCUUAUUGUCGAUCAGUAGUAAUGAACAUUUUUGUGGUGGAUCCGUGCUCAAUAAUGAUUACAUUCUAACAUCUGCACGAUGUGUAGAAAAUCAGUCCAUAUCGGACAUCUUGGUUGUACCAAUAAUACACAAUCCAUCGGAUACAGCUUGGUCCCACUUUCGUCGUGGAGUCAAACACAUUUACUUCCAUCCUAACUAUACAAGUUCAUCUAGUGAAUAUUUAAAUGAUAUUGCAAUUUUACGUUUAUCUUCAUCGCUCAAUAUGGAAACAACUGUACUCAUUUCUCGAACAUGUUUACCUCAGAUUAAUUCAACUGAUGAUGUUACAAAUUAUCCUUCAACUGGUACAAAACUAGCUGUGGUCGGAUGGGGCAAACGACACCCGAAUGCUUCUAAUUUGGUCAAUAAUCUUCAACAAGCACAAAUCUAUUCAUUUGAUAACAAUGAUCCGACUUGUUAUUCACAAAUAGUCGAUGCAGAGAAACAGUUUUGCGCUGGAAUGGCUGGUGGUAUCCGAGGUUUGUUCCAUUGA